CUCGCCUUUUCUGACGUACCUGCGACCUCACCACCACCAUCUCCCGCGGCCUGCCUGAUCCGUACGCUACGCUCCUUUGACACUACACCAUCAACACCCACGACAUCCCGCGACUCGCCAUCGCUCUCCCACCUUCUGCUGUCCGCUUGGCUCCCCAUCUAACCCGCACGCUUCAUCGUCGUCGCGAUCAACGCCGCCGUCACCAUGAACCCCGAAUACGACUACCUCUUCAAGCUGCUCCUCAUCGGCGACUCCGGUGUUGGCAAGUCUUGCUUGCUGUUGCGUUUCGCCGAUGAUACCUACACAGAGUCUUACAUCUCCACGAUUGGUGUCGACUUUAAAAUCCGAACGAUAGAGCUCGAUGGCAAGACGGUCAAGCUGCAGAUCUGGGACACCGCUGGCCAAGAGCGGUUCCGAACCAUCACCUCGUCUUACUACCGCGGUGCCCACGGCAUUUGCGUCGUCUACGAUGUCACCGACAUGGAUUCGUUCAACAACGUAAAGCAGUGGCUCCAGGAGAUUGACCGGUACGCCACCGAGGGCGUCAACAAGCUGCUCGUGGGCAACAAGAGCGACAUGUCGGAUAAGAAGGUUGUUGAGUACACGGUUGCCAAGGAAUUCGCCGACAGUUUGGGCAUUCCAUUCUUGGAGACCUCGGCGAAGAACGCGAGCAACGUCGAGCAGGCUUUCCUCACCAUGGCCCGCCAGAUCAAGGAGCGGAUGGGCACAACGACUGCGAACAACACCAAGCCAAGCGUGCAGGUCGGCCAGGGCCAGGGCGUCGGCUCGUCCUCCAACAACAGCUGCUGCUAAACGCGUGACCGAAGUCGGGUGUUGGAGUAUGGUCGGAGGAAGGGCACGGAAAUGACUGGGCAGGCACAUUAUGACUGUUUUUCUCUAUUCCCAUUUUCAGUUCUUUCCCUUUCUGCGCAUAGACUGAAUCAUGUCCACUUGGAUUUCGCUCUUCCCCGGCCGCCUCCCGCCAUAACAAGCCACGAUAUGCUUUGACACGAGUCGACUUCAACGGGCCUUACUGACGGGGUGUGAGAGAUCCGGACGUGAUUGAAAUGAGGUGGACGAAUAGGGCGAGUACCUCGCGCACGCGCACGUUUUCCCCGGUCGUGGUACGCGGGGUUAUGACGCAGGGGGGGCUGGCUUGCCGACAGGACCGUCGACAGAUGGGAACAUGUUUCUAUCCUAGCGAUCUGCGUUACACCCCCAGCUCUCUCUCCUCUGGUUGUCCCCUUUUUUUUCGUGCCGCGUCAACACCGUGCGUCCACUCUGCAGCGAGAGCCUUCCGUUGGACUGUGCGAUGGACUGUGCGCGUGUUGAGCAAGGGGCUUCAUGGAUCCCCUGUCAUUGGCGUUCUCCGUUUGUUUGCUUGCUUUGCUUUUGUCGCACUGCGAAAACGGGCAUUAAUAAAGGAAUUUACUUGC